CCUCCAUCCCCCAGCAAACACUCCAUCCCUCCGCGCACCCUCCAUCCCCCAGCAAACAUUCCAUCCCUCCGCGCACCCUCCAUCCCCCCAGCAAACAUUCCAUCCCUCCGCGCACCCUCCAUCCCCCAGCAAACAUUCCAUCCCUCCGCGCACCCUCCAUCCCGCAGCAAACACUCCAUCCCUCUGCGCAUCCUUCCAUCCCCCUGCGCACCUGCCAUCCCCUCCCGCGAACACUUCAUCCCUCCCCGCGCACCCUCCAUCCCCCCCUGCGCACCUUCCAUCGCUCCGCGCUCCCUCCACCUCUGCGCGCCCUCCAUCCUUCCGCGCACCCCUUCAACCCCCGCUCCCCCUCCAUCCCCCCGCGCACUCGUCUGUCCCCCCGCCGCGUAUCUCUCCGCGCGUUCCUCCGAGCAUUCCUCCAUCCCUCCGCGCAUCACUCCUUCCCCCCGCGCCCCCUGCGCCUGCCCCCGCGCCGGCGGGGCCGCUCCUGCGCGGGGAUGGCGGAGCGGCCGCGCUUCCUCUGCGGCGUGGUGGAAGGUUUCUAUGGGAGACCAUGGUCAAUGGAUCAGAGGAAACUUCUCUUUCAAUGGCUGCAGCGCCGGGGGCUGAACUGCUACAUGUACGCGCCCAAGGAUGAGCUGAAGCACCGGCUGCUCUGGAGAGAGCCCUACACGGAGCAUGAGGCAGCCCGCAUGCGGUCUCUCAUCGAAGCUGCCCAGGAGCAGGGGGUGGAGUUUAUUUUCGCCAUUUCUGCUGGCCAGGACAUGGUGUUUUCCAGCGCCGGGGAUCGGCUCCUGCUGCAGCAAAAACUCAGGCAGGUGGCUGCCAUGGGGUGCCGCUCCUUCGCGCUGCUCUUUGACGACAUCGACCCCUGCAUGUGCCAAGCUGACAGAGAUGUCUUCCCCUCCCUGGCACAGGCUCAGGCCUCUGUGGCCAACGAGGUGUACCAGGAGCUGGGCCAGCCCUCCAUCUUCCUCUUCUGCCCUACAGAAUAUUGCAGCUCGCUCUGCUCUCCCAGCCCCAGCCAGUCCUGCUACCUGCAGACCAUCGGCCAGGAGCUGCUCCCAGGGAUCGGUGUCAUCUGGACAGGCCCCAAGGUGGUGUCACAGGAGCUCUCAGCAGAGCUGCUGGAGGAGGUGGAGGCUGUCCUGAGGCGCCGCCCCGUCAUCUGGGACAACCUCUACGCCAACGACUACGACUGCAGACGUGUCUUCCUGGGCCCCUACAUGGGCCGUGCUCCUGGCCUCAUGUCCAGGCUCCACGGGCUGCUCCUCAACCCCAACUGUGAGCUCCAGGCCAACUUCGUCCCCAUACACACGCUGGGCACCUGGUUUCAGAGCGAGUUGGGGAGCUGUGCCCAGCCUGACCAUGCAGGAAUGGAGGGAGCCCUGGGGGACAGCCAAGGUGCUCAGCAUGGAAGCUACAGCCCCCAGGAAGCCUUGGAGCUGGCGCUGCGUGAGUGGGUGGCCGAGAUGAACCAGCAGGCCUUGGAGCCAGGAGGAAGGACCCCAGGACACCCCAGUGUGGGCCUCAAGGGAGGACCAAAGCUGCAGCCUGGCACGGCGGGAGGGCAGGAGGUCACUCCUGACCCUCAGCCCCACAACUCUGCUCCUGGGGCAGAUCCCGAGCCCUGUGGAGUGGCACCAGAGGAGGGGUGCAGGGAGGUGACCUCAGAGCCUGAGAAGGACAGUGGGAACAGGACAGCUGCUGGCCAUCAGCAGAGCCCUACAAGGGCUGGGGACCAGCUCGCCGCAGGGGGCUGUGAGCCCUCCUCUGCUCUGCCCAGCGUGGCUGGGAGUGCCCAGCCUGUAGGAAUCCCAGUGGCCACCAAGACCCUCCCCAGCCCAAGCCCCACCACGAGCUCCAGUGAUGGGGCCAACACCACUCAGAACAUUUCCUUGCCCACCAGUGAUGCCAGGACAGGGGAUGGCAGCCCCGUCCAGUCUCCCAGCAGCACCCAGCCUGAGGCCAUCAGGGCUGAUGUGCCCCAGACACCCCCAGGACCUGGGGCUGGUGCCAGCCCUGGUGCCCCAGCCCCACUGCCUGAUGAGGUUGGUGCUAGCCCUGGUGCCAUGGCACCAGUGACCCCAGAGGAGGCUGGGCCUGGCCCCAUGGCACCACUGCCCCCCAAGGAAGCCAUAACCAGCUCCCCAGCACAGGUGACCCCAGAGGAGCCCAGGACCAGCCCCAUGGCACCAGUGAUCCCAGAGGAGGCUGGGCCUGGCCCCAUGACCCCCAAAGAUGCUGGGACCAGCCCUACAGCAAAGAUGACCCCAGAGGAGCCCAGGACCAGUCCCAUGGCACCAGUGACCCCAGAGGAGGCUGGCUCUGACCCCAUGACCCCCAAGGAGGCCAGGACCAGCCCCACAUCACAGGUGACCCCAGAGGAGGCUGAGUCCGGCCCCAUGACCCCCAAGAAGGCCAGGACCAGCCCCACAGCACAGGUUACCCCAGAAAAGGCCAGGACCAGCCUCACAGCACCGAUGACCCCAGAAGAGGCUGAGCCUGGCCCUGUGGCACUGAUGACCCCAAAAGAGGCCAGAUCCAACCCCACGGCACCACUGACCCCAGAGGAGGCCGUGUCCAGCCCUACAGCACCACUGACCCUGGAGGAGGUGCGGAUGCUGGUGGAGCUCUUCUACCUGCCCUACCACCAUGGGGCUCUGGCACAGGAGCUCCUGGAGCACUUUCGGUGGCUGCGGGCGAACAGCCUCAGCGUGGGGGUCCCGGCCACGGGGCCUGAUGCCUGCGGGGGCACGCGGUGGCGAGGCCGGGCUCAGUCCUUCCAGCUGCUCUGCGCACGGACGUGCCGCCUGCACAGCCGCUUCGUCAGCACCGCCGGCAGGGCGCUGCUCUACGACCUGCACCCCUACCUCUGGGACAUCCGCAACAUGCUGCUGGCCGCCAGUGCCUUCGUCCUCUGGCUGGAUGGUCACCUCCUCUGCGACCCUGACCCCAAGGGCACCUGGGGGAGCUGCUUUGGCUGGUGCCAGAGUAUCACUGCCCCGAUGCUGCUGGGGAGGGAUGCCGAGCCCUGGGCGCGCCGUGGGGGCCUCUUUGGAGAGCUGCAGGCACUGCUGCCCGUGGGGAACAGCUGUGACCUCUUCUACCAUCCACCCCCACUCUUCCCGUCCAGCCAGCUGUACCUGCUGCGCCCGCUGCUGCCCCUGGACAAGGGAGAGCUUUACCGCAUGUGCCGGGAGAGUUUGGACUGUGAUCCCAAAGUGGCAGAGAUCCUCGUGGCCCACCCGGAUCUCCUCGGUGACAGGCUCCUGGGCAGCUUCCUCAGCCUGAGCCCCGAGUACACCUUUGUGCUGGAGGACGAGGGUGGCCCGUGUGGCUACGCAGCCGGAGCGCUCCACGCCGAAGGCUUCCUGCAGCAGCGAGACAGCAGCUGGCUGCCAGCCACACGGCACAAGUACCCCCCAGACCUGGGCACGGGGGGCCCAGCUCUGGGACAGGAUGCCCUGGAGGAAGCAGUGCUCUUCUUCCACGCAGAGCCACUGGCAGUGCCCCAGCCUGUGCUGAGGCGCUUCCCCUCCCUGGUGCAGCUGGGCACGGCCCCCCGUGUGCUGGACGUGGGGGCCAGUCGCAGCCUGGCCCUCUGCCUGCUGAGUGCACUCAGGGCCAAUGGGUCACGGGGAGUGUUCUGCCAGGUCAGUGACGCCGACCGGCAGCAGCUGAGCUUCUACAGCAAGCUGGGCUUUGUCGCCCUGCCGGUGGCCUGGGGCAGCUCUCCCGGUGCUCAGCUCCUGGGACGACUCCUCUGACGGGGCACAGGGAGGCAGUGCCCCCAGGCCAGGCUGGUUCCCCAGGCCAGGCUGAACCCCCCCCCAUCCCACACAGCGUCGGCCUGAGCAAGCGGGAGCAGAGGGGCACCUCGAGCAGGCCAGGUACACAUGAGAGGGGACAUGGGGGGCGAGCAGGAUGUCACUGGGAUGUGUGCAGGGCUGUGAGGUACUUGGGUAGCAGAGAGUUAUUUCUGCUACUCACGGGAUUUGGCCACCUCUGUGCCACCCCAACUGUUGCUGUUUGCUGGGUACCCUCCACCUUUGCUGGGGAGCCAGGCUGUCUGCAGACCCUCAGGAGGUCAUGAGCAGUGUUUGGGUUUGUGGUCCUGGGUGUCCUUAUCACGCAGGCUGGGCUGCCCAGCUCUCUCCAUCCCCCGUGUGGCUGAAACCAGGCAGCCGGUGCCGGGGCUGGCUCUCGGCACUGAGGACCUGCAUGUGUGUAUGGAUUGAUCUGGUAUGGGAUGCGGUGAGGCAGCCUCUAUUUUUGUGCCUGGGGCCUGAGGGAAGCGCUGUCCUUGGCAAUAAAGCGUUUGCUGGGCUCUCA